UCGCUGCAGAUCGCCGCCUUCCUCUUCACCGUGUGUCACGUGGUGCUGCUGGUGCAGGAUUGGUUCACUGACAUCAGCCUGUACAGGUGACAACAGGCGGAGCGCGGCGACACCCAUAGCGACCCAGCCCCCGGGGGCGUGUCCCCCGGGGCGGCCAUGACUCCUCCCGGUGACGCGCGGCCGCCCGCAGUGUUCGUGCAGAACAAGGCGCCCCCGGAGGCCUUCUGCCCGCGGCGCCUGCGGCAGAUGCACCUGGUGCUCGACCGGCUCAUGGCGCACUCGCACCUCAAGUACAAGGGGUCGCUCUCCAUGCUGGACUGCGGCCUCUUCCCCGGCCUCCCCGCCGACUUCCUGGAGGCCGAGGUCAACCUGUUCCUGCUGCCGCUCAUGGAGGCCGAGGGCGACGACGCCCCGUUCCAUUACGCCGCCCGCAUCUGGGACGGGGUGAAGAAGUCGUCGGCCUUGGCCGAGUACAGCCGGCUGCUGGGCUGA